UUUGGCCUUUUUUCAUCUAUUAAAACCAGAACUUCCUGCAUGAUAUAUCACCAAAAUAACACAAACAUCAAUAGAAGUUGAUUACUGGUCUUUCUCUUUAAUAAAUACCCUUUUGUACCUACCUACCUACCUAUCUGCUCAAAUGUCUCUCGUCAAAAUUCAAACCAACACUCAUUUGCCCAAACGCAUAAUCCUGGUCCGUCACGGCGAGUCUUCAGGAAACGCCGACAGAAAUGUGCGCGGAACAACUCCAACUCACAAAUUUGAACUGACGGAGAAAGGGAUUGAGCAGGCCAAGCAAACUGGAAUCCGAAUUAAGAAACUGAUUUCUGAAAAUGAUAACAAUUGGAAGGUUUUCUUCUAUGUUUCGCCUUUAGAGCGAACGAGAAAGACGUUGAGAGAGAUCGGCGGAUCGUUCCCAACGAGGAGAGUGAUGGGUGUGAAGGAAGAGCCUAGGCUGAGAGAUUUGAAUUUUGGAAACUAUCAUGACCCUGCAAGUAUAGGAAAGAUUCAGAAGGAACGAUUUACGUAUGGGAGGUUUUAUUAUAGAGUACCUGGUGGUGAAACUGGAGCUGAAGUUUAUGAUCGUAUAUCAGAUUUCCUUGAAACCCUAUGGAGGGAUGUUGAUAUGAACAGGCACCAUCACAAUCCUAAUAAGGAGUUGAAUCUUGUAAUUGUAUCCCAUGGUCUAGCUAGUCAAGUUUUUCUAAUGAAGUGGUUCAAGUGGACAGUGGAACAAUUCGAGUACCUAAACAAUCUAGGGAAUUGUGAGUUUCGAGUUAUGGAAUUAGGGGCGGGUGGUGAAUAUAGCCUAGCAGUCCAUCAUACUGAUGAAGAGAUGCUAGAAUGGGGUAUGUCCCCUGAGAUGAUCGCUGACCAAAAAUGGCGAGCUAAUGCUAACAGGGGUACUUUGAAUGAUCAUUGCCCUUGGUACCUUGAUGCUUUCUUUGACCAUUUAGCGGAUUCAAAUGACAAAGAUGAUGAAGAUGUGAAGUCAAACAACUCGUAUCUCCCCUUAGCAUGACAUUGUUAACGUGUAUUCGUUCCAAUUCUGUUGUACUGUUCAUUUGGUUAACUGAUAGAAAUGUUUGUAAGCUCUUUUCAAGUUGCUGUUACAAUUUUAGGCCCGGCGGCAUUAUCAGUGUCAAUUUCUUGUAAAUUUGAAACUUUCAAUUGUAUAACAAUCAUUUGAUAUC